AAAUUAAAAGUAAUUCAUAUUUGAUUAUUUCAGGCCCGAGUAGCUGAAGCUGCUGAUCAAACUCUGAAAAUUCACAAAGAUAGUACGUUCACAGAGAACCCUAUGGAGAGGGAAGAUGUUCAGGAAGUAGUCAAGGUGGAAACCGUUAGAGGUCUGCAUAAUGUGUAUGAUAGUCUGCGUGAGAAUGGAUUCAGUAAUCUGCAAGGAGUUCGAGUCCCUGUCGUAGAAGAACGAGCUCCAGAUGAGAAAUGUUUCGAUAUUCUUGUUGAUUCUCUCAAACAGGAGCCUGCUGCUACACAGUGUGUGUUCUCCUGUCAGAUGGGCCGAGGGAGGACGACAUUAGGGAUGAUCAUUGCCUGCUUGGUAAAGGAGAUACAGAUUAGUACUGAGCUGAGGAGGAUGGGAGACAUAGGUCUAGUUCCUCAAGCCACAGUUGAUGAUCUUAUCAAACAGAAGUUCGAGGCUCCCUUACCCAGAACUCAAGACGACGACGAUCCAUUUAUCAAGGGAGAAUUUGAUGUCAUCAAAGAGCUUCUAGAGAAAAUACCAGAGGCUAAAGAAGGAAAACAAAAGGUUGACCGCGUAAUUGAUAUCUGUGGACCUCCUCCAAAAGGAACAGGGAUGCAAAACCUGAGAGAAUGCAUCAUUGAAACUAAAUGGAAGUAUGAUGUUGCCCCCGAAGAGAAGCAAGUUGUCUGGAAGCAGAUGAUUCUUAACUUCAUGGAAAGAUAUUUCUACUUGAUUUGCUUUGCUACCUACGCUAGGGCACAUGGUCCAGAGGGAUUUCAGAAAAGUUUUGUCCAGUGGAUGGAUGAACAUAAAGAGCUACGAGUGAUGAUUGAAGAAGGAAAAGACAAGCUUGAGUGGUACAGACAGGUUGAUCCUGCGAAGCUGAAUACUUUGAAGGAAUUGAUAAAUGCGCCAAAUUAUAAGGAAAACAUGGCAACACUUAUCAGAACCAUCUAUGAGUUUGCUUUCCUAACCUAUGCUGAUCUACCAAGAGGACCAAUUAAAAACAACAGCAUGAGAAAAUUGGCUGCUAAGACCCUGCUUGAGAUUCUGCCCCCUGAUAUAGCUACGAAUGUUCAGAAGAAACUAGAUGAACAAAAUGCUUCUCCUGACUUUGUAACCCUCGUCGGCCUUGUAUCUUACUACGGACAAGAACAAGAAGCUUAAUUUGACUCUCCACAUUUAUUUAAUAAUUGACGGCCAAUUCCAGUUUGGCCGAUAAUUAUAAAUUUUAAUCCUUGACUUUUGAUUUAAAUGAGACUUGUUUUGUAAUAAUAACAAUUAUAUGAUAUAAUAAUAAUAAGCACCAUGUAAAAAUCUAAUGUGAAAAUAAAAGUGUAACCGGUGA